UGAUCAGUUUCUCUAUCUUGCAGAUCAUUUGUGAUGCACCAAAUACAGACUUCAUAAGUUGAAGUAAUCAUCAAAAAGGAAGUGUAUUUCUUGGUCAUGUUGGGAACCUUUUAGGACCGGUGUCCAUUCGAUUUUUCUAGUAUUCCAAACAGAAGGAACUUUCUUCAGAUCCUAACUAGGACUGAGUAGUGUACAUAGAACAUCCUGUGAUAAUGGAAGCUCAAAAAUCGUCAUCAUUGCUGUUCAUCAAAGAAGAGGAGGAGACUUUGGAGGAGGGUCUUACUGAAAACACAGGUGAAAGCUCUUCGUUUGCAGACCCCUUAAAAGUCAAGGAAGAACCAGAAUAUUUUGACAGUGGUGAAUUUGAUGUGAACUGUUCAUCCCACUCAAUUAAGUACGAAGACAGUGAUGAUGAAAGUGGAAAGAGAAUCUUUAUUGCAGAAGAAAAUAGACUUGUGGGUAAAAGGGAUGCAUCUCCAAUGAGAAGCAACACAGCAGGGAAGCAAAUAACUUGUGUUGAAUGCCAAAGGACAUUUUCACACAAGUGCUACUUGAAAUCCCACAUGAGAACUCACACUGGAGAGAAACCUUACGUAUGCUCUAUAUGUCAAAGAAGUUUUUCUGAUUCAAGUGCUCUCACAAGGCACAAGAGAACUCAUACAGGAAACAAACCAUAUGUCUGCUCUAUAUGUCAAAAAAGUUUUUCUGAUUCAAGUGCUCUCACAAAACACGUAAGGACUCAUACAGGAGAGAAACCAUUUACUUGCUCUGUAUGUCAAAGAAGUUUUACUCAACAAAGUCAUUUUAAAAAACACAUGAGAACUCAUACAGGAGAGAAACCAUACGUAUGCUCUAUAUGUCAAAGAAGUUUCUCUGAUUCAAGUGCUCUCACAAAGCACAUGAGAAUUCAUACAGGUGAGAAACCAUAUGUAUGCUCUAUAUGUCAAAGAAGUUUUGCUGAUUCAAGUACUCUCACACAACAUAUGAGAACUCAUACAGGAGAGAAACCAUAUACUUGCUCUUUUUGUCAGAUAAGUUUUCCUCAUCAAAGUACUCUCAAAAAACACAUGAGAACUCAUACGGGAGAGAAACCAUAUACUUGCUCCAUAUGUCAAAAAAGUUUUUUUGAUUCAAGCACUCGCACAAAACACAUGAAAACUCACACAGGAGAGAAACCAUAUACUUGCUCUAUAUGUCAAUUAAGUUUUGUUGAUAAAAGAACUCUCAGAACACACAUGAACACUCAUACUGGAGAGAAACCAUAUACUUGCUCUGUAUGUCAAAGAAGCUAUUCUUAUCAGAGUGUUCUCAACAGACACAUGAGAACUCAUACAGGUGAGAAGCCAUUCACUUGCUUCGUAUGUCAAAGAAGUUUUUAUGAGUCAAGUGCUCUCACAAAACACAUAAGAACUCAUACAGGAGAGAAACCAUAUAGUUGCUCCAUAUGUCAAAGAAGUUUUUCUGAUCCAAGUAGUCUCUCAAAACACAUGAAAACUCAUGCAGGAGAGCAACCAUAAACCUGCUCUGUAUGUCAAAGAAGUUUUUCUCAAUCAAGUCAUCUCAAAACACAUGAGAACUCAUUCAUGGUGUGCCUUCUUCUCGAGCCGUUCAGUGCAUCACUCAGGUUGCAAAUGGGGCCCCCCCCUCACUUUGAGUAGUCGGGUAAGGGCAAUUUCAAAUAACCAGUAAGAAGCUGUGGAAAAUGAGGAACUACAAUGAAAAUGACAAAUAAUAGUGAACAAAGAUGCUGGAAGGGUACCUACCAGGAUAAUAUGGUCCCCUCAACUCAUUUGUGCACUAGGUGAGAGUUUGAUGGUGAAGGUAUAACUUCUACCACUCAGCAGGGAUCCCCACCGCACCAGCACAGUCCUGGUAUUGGGCCCCAACAACCAUCAAGACAAGGGACCAAGAGAAACCUAAGACAAUAUCAGUGUUAAAUGGUUCCUUCAGGAGAAGAAAAUCCUCCACCUCCGCUUCACCUGCUCAAGGCAUGAGGGGUUUGGCAGAUGUAAGAAUCUAGUAUUCAAGGAAAAAAUAAAGGGAGCAGAUUUACCAGUUGAAAAGGUUGCAGCCACCACAAUGAGACUUUUAACAUCAAUAGUCUCACAGAUUCCUAAACAUUUCCCAGGAGAAGAAAUAGAAAAGAUAAAAAAAGAAGCUGAAUAAAAAGCAAAGUGACUGAUAAAAAAGAAGCAGGUGAAGAACAGGAAUAUAGAAAAAGUAUUUUGAACAGAGAAGAAUAAUGGGUAUUGGUAUGGGCAAUGGAGUAUGCCAAAGGAAAGUUCACAAGACAAAGAGAAAGAUGUAAUGAAUGGCAGAGAAUAUUCCAUCACCACUGCCCAAAUAAGAUUGGGAUACCAAGAGCAAAGCUGACCACCCAGAAAUUCAAUUUCCUCAUCUAAAAGCACUUCACAGAAGAGGAAAUUGAAAAGACGAGGGACGAAGUUCAGUACAUGGUAAAAAACAACAAAUGCCCUAUUGAGAAGCCUUUGGGACUGCCAAGGGAUAACACUGCAGUAACUACAGAUCAAGUCCAGCUAAGAUCAGCACCGUUGAUGCCUCGGAGCACCACAACCCCAAUGCAAACAAGACAUGAUAGGAGAUGCCAGGAUAGACAAGUGAGGACAACAACACCAGGACCAUCGGGCUCCCCCUCCUCAAGCCCUAGCACGGGCACAGCAGAUCUAGGCAGCCCUGCAAGGAGAAAUGGAACCACAGUACAGCCAGGUGACCAAGUAACAUCCAAACAGAGCUUGACCCAGAACGGCCGGAACUGGAAUGGGAACUAGCCAAUAAAAUUCAAGAGACUAAAGCAAUACCAAUGGAAGACCAUCCCAAGCUGAUCAAACUUAAAGGGGAACUUCUGGUUGCAUUUCAGCUGUUCCGUAUGUAGUAUUAUUCCAUUUAAAUACCCCUGGUGAAACAAAAUUUUUGAAAGGAGCAUUUUCUUAUUUUCUAUAACCAACUUAAUAUUGCACCAUGUGUCUUGGCGUGCUAGGCUCAGACAGAUGAAACUAUUCUGAGGGCACAGCAUCUUCAGAUAAUAUCCUUUUUGGUUUGUAUUUGUCAGGCAUAUACAGUCCUAAAUUCUUAAACUCCCUCAAUUAAACUAGUUAAAAAGUACUAAGUGAAGGCCCUCAUCAAUUCAUGGACACACACGUUUAGAAAACUGCCAUUCAUCCCAUCACGCCACUCACAUGGCAAUUGACAUGAAUAAAUUUCAAUUCAAAUGCAUACAAGUGGAGGCACCAUAGUAUAGAUAGCGGUAGAUAGCCGUCCCAUCUUCGUCGGCACCGUUGUCUGUUCAGAGGGGAAUUAAAGUUCCCAAAACAUAUUAUAUAAAUUUCAUAGCCAUACCUAUUACCCUGCUCCUAAUGUCGUCUUUUAAAUCUGUUGGCAAGAAAUGGUCCGAACAGACAAUGGUUUGCGUCGUAGAUUGAAAGAUUCUAUGUUGAUAUCCUCCCUUCGAAGAGCCAUCAGCCAGCGGCUUGAUUUCUCUCUAUUUGACGGAAUCCUGUGGAAUGUUAUGCCAUUUGGUUACUUGCCAGAAGUAUUGGGACAACCAAAUGCAUACAAGUUGGCAUAAUUGACACAUUUUGAAUGACAAUUGACUAAAACACGAGGACAAUACCGAGGACGAACACUCUGCUUUACCCUCAAUACAACUAGGAGACAAAAUUAUAAAAUACCAAGGUGUAAAGAAAGACCUGAAAAACACAUGGGAACUGAUGGAAAUAGAAAUAGUACGUGUGGUGGUAGGGGCAACAGGACUUGUAAUUAAAAACUUGCUCAAGUAUAAAUGAGGUGUAGAUUGCUGCCCUCAAAGAAACAGCAAACGCCUUGAAAGAGCCCUCGGAUACAAGGCUAGUGGAAUAUAGAGGUGCAACCAUAGACCCCAGGCUUGGGCCCAUUGCACCCCUGAUAUAAAUCAAAAAUUGAGAAAAACAUAGCAAGAGAAGCCAUUCAUGUGCAAGAAUGUGGGAAAGCAUAUUGCAGGAAACAUCUUAUAAUGCAAAUGAGAAUUCACACUGGAAAAUAGCCACUCACAGUAGUAAACCCUCAAUUAUCUGCUGCAUUAUAUCCAAGGCUCUUGUGGAAAUUGGAAAUUUGUGGAUAUGGUAAAAAAUCACUUCAAUGAUGUAAUAAAUCAUCAAAAUUUUUGCUAACACUGAUUCACACCGUCUUCAUAAGAUCACGGUACGAAGAAUCCCGACAAGAAUGUAAACAUUCCAGUGCCACCUGGUGGGAGAAGGGUGAUUACAGAGACAGUCUUAAUGGGUUAGCCAAGUGUUACUUUUAAUGAUUUUGUAAUUUGCAGAUUGCACCUAAUGGUAGAAGUUAAUGUUAACAGUAAAUAAAUAUCCAAAUUAUUGAUUCUGUGAAAAUUAUAAUUUUGUCCUUGAUUUUUUGCCUGUUUGUGACUACAGUGCUCUUCAGUAUGCCAGCAUGCACUAAUAAACAAUACAGAAUACUACAAUUGCAAUACUGUUCUGUACACAAUAAAAAAGCAAACUACACAAUAUUGUCAUCUGAAUAAAUUUAUCCAAAAAUUAAUCUUGAAAGUCUCUCUCUCUCUCUCUCUCUCUCUCUCUCUCUCUCUCUCUCUCUCUCUCUCUCUCUCUCUCUCUCUCUCUC